GGCUAAACAUAAUGAAGUAAAAGGUACUAAGUCUGUGAAGACCUCUUAAAUGAUCUAAAGACGUAAGGGAAGUAAAGCUUUCUAAACAGCAUCUCAGUGUGGUCUCUGAGCUAAUAUUGGCCAGUAGUUAGACAACAAAGAAAACUGUUAAUCAUAGGAACUGUUGUCUCAAGUAACAAUCCUACAACACAGAUGGACUAAAGAAAAUGCUGCAGUGCCUGAAGGAGGAAACAGAGUGACAGACCUGGAGACUGAAGUUCUUUGUCCUUCACACAGCUCUCUCACCAUGCCUGGGUCACUUCCUUUGAAUGCAGAAGCCUGUUGGCCAAAAGAUGUGGGAAUUGUUGCCCUUGAAAUUUAUUUUCCUUCUCAAUAUGUUGACCAAGCAGAGUUGGAAAAAUACGAUGGUGUAGAUGCUGGAAAGUAUACGAUUGGCUUGGGCCAGGCCAGGAUGGGCUUCUGCACGGACAGAGAAGAUAUCAACUCUCUCUGCAUGACUGUGGUUCAGAACCUCAUGGAGAGAAACGGCCUUUCUUAUGACUGCAUCGGGCGGCUCGAAGUGGGAACAGAGACAAUCAUUGACAAGUCCAAGUCAGUGAAGACCAAUCUGAUGCAGCUCUUCGAGGAGUCUGGGAACACAGACAUAGAAGGAAUAGACACCACGAACGCCUGCUAUGGAGGCACAGCCGCCGUCUUCAAUGCUGUGAACUGGAUCGAGUCCAGCUCUUGGGAUGGCCGGUACGCCCUGGUGGUUGCAGGAGAUAUUGCCGUAUAUGCCACAGGAAAUGCUAGACCUACAGGUGGAGCUGGGGCCAUUGCUCUGCUCAUUGGACCAAAUGCUCCUUUAAUUUUUGAACGAGGACUUCGCGGCACCCACAUGCAGCAUGCCUAUGACUUCUACAAGCCGGAUAUGCUGUCCGAAUACCCCAUAGUGGACGGGAAGCUCUCCAUCCAGUGCUACCUCAGUGCCUUAGACCGCUGCUACUCCGUCUACCGCAGGAAGAUCCGGGCCCAGUGGCAGAAAGAGGGAAAUGAUAGCGAUUUUACUCUGAAUGACUUCAGCUUCAUGAUCUUCCACUCACCCUACUGUAAACUGGUUCAGAAAUCUCUUGCCCGGAUGCUGCUGAAUGACUUCCUGAAUGACCAGAACAGAGAUAAAAACAGUGUCUACAGUGGCCUGGAAGCCUUCGGGGAUGUUAAAUUGGAAGAUACCUACUUCGACAGAGAUGUGGAAAAGGCCUUUAUGAAGGCCAGUUCUGAGCUCUUUAAUCAGAAGACAAAGGCAUCUCUGCUCGUGUCAAAUCAAAAUGGAAACAUGUACACGUCCUCUGUGUAUGGCUCCCUUGCCUCUGUUCUAGCACAGUACUCGCCCCAGCAGCUGGCAGGAAAGAGGAUCGGCGUGUUCUCCUAUGGCUCUGGCUUGGCUGCCACUCUCUACUCCCUUAAAGUUACCCAGGAUGCCACCCCAGGGUCUGCUCUUGAUAAAAUAACAGCAAGUCUAAGUGACCUUAAAUCGAGGCUCGACUCAAGAACGUGUGUGGCACCAACUGUCUUUGCAGAAAGCAUGAAGCUCAGAGAGGACACGCAUCACCUGGUCAACUGCAUUCCCCAGAGCCCUGUAGAUUCACUCUUUGAAGGAACAUGGUACCUGGUUCGAGUGGAUGAAAAGCACAGGAGAACUUAUGCCCGGCGACCCUCUCCCAAUGCCAACACUCUGGACGAAGGAGUAGGACUCGUGCAUUCAAACACAGCAGCAGAGCACAUUCCAAGUCCUGCUAAGAAAGUGCCCAGACUCCCGGGAACAGCAGCGGAGCCGGAAGCUGCUGUCAUCAGCAACGGGGAGCAUUGAGAACUUCUGCACGGGGGAGUCCCGUGUGUGGGCUGGGUGGGGCUGGGUAUGAAUGAGAACGGUUGGGAAUGGGAUGUCGGGACAUUAUUAAAGGAUUACAUGUUGCUUAAGAUUUUGUGACUGACAUGGAGCCUGGAAAACUAUUGCAUUCUUGGGAAAGUCUUUGCUCAGUUUGCUAAUACGCUUCCUAUUGUGGCUUAGCCACUGCUUAAUGUGCUCCACGAUGUUAAGGGCUCUGUAAACUUCGUACCUCUCGGGCCAUUCUUGUGCAUGAAGCUUUGUUUUUAAAUGUGGUUUGAUGAGCCGUGUGCUUCUGGCAGAAAAGGGCAGAGGCACUAGCCUUCGAUUUAAAUUUUUUUGAAUGUGUAAGAAUUUUAUACUUUGAACAAACAAUUCCUGAAAGUACCUGUGGUUUUCGAAAAAAGUUUCUAGUUUAAGGAACGUGCUCUUACCUGUUGUGUGCACAAACCCUGUUUGAAAGUGGCGAGACAAACGUGCUUUUUAUCUAAACUUUGUACAUUCUGGAGAGAGAGAGAGUUGGGAUGGUAGCUCUGGUUCUGAAAACUGGAAUGUGGCUUUAUAUGAAGGCAGCAGUGAUGAGUGAUUCCAAAGGCCCUGAGCAGAGAUGCUGGCCUGUGUCGUCUGGGAGGGACAGCCUGGUCCACUGGAGCUGAGUGUAGCUCCAGGUCUGCUUCCGAGUCAGUCAUGCUGCGUGAGGCUGAAAACACUGAGAUGUUACUGGAACUUGUGUGUGAGGAGUUUGUUGCUGCGACCCUUCUUUGUACCUUAUUUCAAAGAAUAAAUAAAACAUUUUUCUGGCUGCCUUUUAAAAAUUUUUAGAGGAAGGAUAGGGGAAGGCAUUAAGUUACUUCUGAUGUGUCAGUGUUACAAAUUCAGCCUGAAGACUGACAACCUAACUUCGUGGUGUAAAUACUCUUCAAUUUUUUUUUUUUUUAAACUGUUUAAUGAAAAUAAAAAGGUAAAACCCAAGUUUUUAUGUAGUUUGAUCAGCCAAAAUGAGUAUUCCGCUUAAGAUCUUGAAGUUGGACCUGUAAAGCAUUUUCUCAGACUUUCACCUUAAAAAACCAUCACAAGGUCUGAAUAAGCCUGGCCAGACAGUUCUGUAGAUAUUUUUGGUGCUGAACUUUGACAUGAGCCUUAUAGAUUGUAAAAUAGAGCUAGUUGGAACUAAUGUACAGAAUUCAAUUUUUAAAACUUUAUUUGCUGUUAAAUUCUGUGAAAUCUGUUAUCUCAACAUACAUAAAUAUGAAAUGUAAUGUUUCAAACUGCAAGGUAAUAUGUAAUGUAGUGUUUGUAAAAUACUCUUGUCUGAUAUUAAUUGGUGGUACUUUGUACAGUCAUAAUUUGUUAAAAUGACUUCAUUUUAACAUCCACUGAUAUAGUUAAUAAUGGAAGUUCAGAUUAAAGAUUGAUGGGAAAUGGUGCAUGUGAUACUUUCACAAGUAUUGGGAGUUCGGUAUGUUCUGAAAAGAGUAAUUUAACUUCUGGGUGUCAGAAGAUGGGUUUUCUCUGUCCAUUGCCAGCGAUGGGCAGGCCUGUACUAUCGGCACAGAAUUAACUGCGUACCUCAUUGACAGUGAGGUGAAUAACUGAAUAAAGUUUUAGAGAAAUGCA